AUGUCAGACCACGAGGAUGCGGCCGUCACAAUGUCCACAAGUUGGCGUUAUUGUAUGCACAUUGCGUAUUAUGGAACAGAAUAUGUCGGGUGGCAACGACAGCAACAUGAGAUGAAAAGCAGCUCGGGCCACGAUAGUGUUCAGGAAGUGGUAGAGGCCGCAGUAACGGAGACACUGGGGACUGCUCAGCGUGUCAAUGUCACUGGAGUCAGUCGCACGGAUGCAGGCACUCACGCACUCUAUCAAUUUGGGUUCAUCCGUCUCGACUCGGAGCUGCAAAUGUCGUUGACAGAGCUGAAAGAUCGAGUCAAUGACAAAUUAGGGGAUGGUCGAGUGGUGGUGCUGGACGUGACAAUUCCAGUCACGGGCCCCGCGCGGAUUCGGUCACGCUACAAAAAAUAUAUUUACUAUUUGCAGCAGGGAAACCGACCUGAUUUGGAACUAGGCAAGUACUCUUGGUUUCUUGGAAGAAGAUUAGACAUUCAGCGGAUUCGUGACGCGCUCAAGUUUUUGGAGGGCACGCAUGACUUCAGGCCGUUCUCGCAGGGAUUACUGAAGCAAGAGUUGAAGGAUAUGAAAACAGUGCGUACAAUUAUGUCGACGAAAGUAGUUGUUCGACGGAACGUGAACUUUUCUCUCGAUCCUGAUGUGUGUGGUAGUGGUGAAAUCAUCGACACUGCAGACAUCUACCGAGACGCAAAAUAUGCCACGGAAACGCAUAGACCUGAUGACACAAUGACAAUCACAGCAGGCGAGCUCAAGAAGUGGAAGGUCGGGCAAGCAGAUAUUGCACCUGUGCAUUUUGUUUGCAUUGAGCUUGUGGCCAACGGCUUUUUAAGGCACAUGGUACGGCGCAUUGUUGGAACGUUGCGACCAAUAGGUGAGGGCACCCAGCCACCUUCCCUACUGGAACAUGUGCUAGCAAGUGAAGUCCCACCUGGACCAUCCGCACCGGCAAAGGCUCUUUGGUUACAUCGUACGUGGCUCACGCAAGAUCAGUAUGACGCAGAUUCUGCAGCGGAAUAG